GCACGUCUCCGCAAAUCCAUCCAGUAGGUUCUGCUGGCCAAUUGCUCACAGCAUCUCCACAAUGUUCAAGCCUUCACAACCGAUGAUGGCGCGAUUGCGCUUAACGACCAAGCAAGUCAAUGGUGGCUACUAUAAAGGAAACCGCACCGGCGCGAUGGGUUACUUCGCGAAGAACGGCUCAUAUGUGAUCGACUGGAAAAAAGUCCGAACCUUUGUUGUUCCUGACAACUUGGGUGAAUUUAAGCUUACCCCAUUCGUCACGCAACGCAUGUCCCCAACAAAGUCCAAAUACACCAGAGACAUGGAGAAAGAUAGCAAGUUGAUCACAGUUGAACGAGCAUUUGGUGGGAAGGACUACCUUGACAUGUGGGCUUCGGACAAUGGCCAGGAGGUACUUGAGCAGGAGCGACUCGAACAAGAUACACCCCGUCACUAGUCUAUUUUAUCCAAGGAUUGGGGAGAUAUCGGUGGAAGCUGAGGCAGACCAUCACAUAGGACUGCACGAAGAAAUCUUCAAGCUCGCUUCAGGCUCUCGAUUGCGCAUACCGCUGGAUCACAUGAGGCAUCGCAGUUACCCGCGCCUACAUCGCUUGAUUUGGACCCUUUUGUAUUAUUAUUAUAUUGUACUGUAUGUGCGGUGUUUGGUGAUUUGGAUAGGCACAUGCUCUUUUCGGGGAAAACCACCUUCACACUUUUGCACAAGAUACCAAGUGGCGGGGAAGCAAGCCAUGCCUCCUGGCUACUGUCACUACACCUCUUGGAAGUUUUUAUACUCUUUUGCGGGCGCAUUAAUGGGUUUUGCAUCUCAGCCUCUUCAUUUAUCUUUCUUCAGCAUGUCGUAUAGACAGACUUUGUCAGAAUACCAAAUGAAUUAGAUGAUCUGA